CUUUUAUCAAACUAAAAUCUUUGUUGAGGGGAAUGUUAUGUGUUUUGACUUUACGCGGUUAAAUGUGAAACACAUAAGAAGAAAAUGGAGAUUGAUUUUGGUAAAAAGGGCACAGAAUACGAUUACGAAACUCAGUUCUUCGGGUUUACCCCUGAAUCUUUCGUAGAUGGAGUUUACAAUGCUGUGAACGACUAUGUUGGUGACUGCAUUCAAGAGUUGGAAAAUGUUAUCAAAAGUGAGCCCUCAGUGUCAUGUGAUGUAUCAGAGGAAACGCUUCACAGGGAGAGCGAGAAAAUGAUCAAAGGUUUUUAUAAAAGUAUUGAUGCAGCUUUUGACAGAUUUGAGGUUUAUGUAAAAAAUAACAUCUUCAAAAUUCCUGCCAAUAUUCUUUUACCAGAAGACAAGGUACAUCACAAACACCAAUGUACAGUAGAGGAUGAAAAGCAGAUUGAUGAAGAGCUUAAAGAACUUGAAAGAAAAAUCAAAGCAGCAAAGUAUGUGAAUGCAGCUUUGAGACAGGAAGUUAAAGAUUUGGACAGUGCUCAAGAACAGCUUGACAACUUUGAAAACCACAUAGACGCUGUGCAAAAGGCAUUUGAAGGCAAUGGAGGUGUAAAACAAAGCUUGACAACAACUCACGAGAAAGCAAUCAAACUCUAUGAUUUAAUAGCAGAUGGACUCCAUGCUGGGACUUUUCAUAUUCAGGAAAAAUCUGAUCAAAGAUCUUCAACAGAAAGCAAACAGAAAAAAAUCAAAUUAGGAUAAAUACAAUAUGCAAGCUAAUAAGUUUGCUUUAUAAAUGGUACCUGCAGUGUCCUGGAAAACCUUUAUUGAGUAGCACUCUUAUCUGGGAGAAAAUCCAUUAUGCUGGUUAUAUUAAUUGUAGAAUAGAAAAUACUGAGACUUCUUGAUUACAUCUAUAACAUGUCAAUUUCAAAAAUGACUUUUUUUGAUAGACCAGGAUCCAUGAUUAUUUUUUGUUGUUGAGAAAGUCAUUUAUAAAAGCUAUGGUAUAAGAUUAAUUAAAUAAUAAUAUUUUCAUGGUAUUUUAUAUGUUCAUAUUACUCUGUACAAUUUUCAUGUUCAAGAGAAACUUAGUAAACAUACUUUUCACUGGUUAUUUUAUCAUUCUGCUGUUUCAAGAACGUCAUUCAAGCUUUCUACAAAAGGUGUGCAAAGUAUUCUUUAUACAAUACAAUGAUUGUUAACAGAAUAAAAAAAAAGUUGAAAGAAAAAGCUAAAGUUCAGAGCUGGCUAAAAAAGUUGAAAUCAAUUAGCCAUUCAACACAUUCUGAAAAUUCUGCCCAAGCCUUGCUGUACAUACAAUGUGUAUUGUAAAGAAACUGUGGUGCUGCAUCAGUGAGAAAGUAUAACAGGAUAAGUUGGUUUUGUCAAAUCCACCAUUGUUAAGAGUUUCUAAGCUGAUGUUUUGAGUGUUAACCCUUUGUCUGAGCAUGAACCCAAUGUCCAUUUGCACUGAAACACCAGCUUAGAAGCUGUUUACAGUGGCCAAUUCACAUUAUCUCAAUAUCUCUAAUUAUUUUUUGCAUAACUUUUAACAACCUUCGUACACAAAAAGACUAAAUAUUUUUUAGCAAGAACUUCACCAUUGAAUUACUCUGAGAAUACUUUGACCUUCAAAAACAUGUUAAAUGUUAUGAGGACCCAACCAAUCUAAAAUACCAGAACCUAUAUCUGGUAUUAACAUUAUGAAGCAGAUAAAUAAAAAAUUAAACAGAA